CUUUCCCACGAAGAAGACGACGAGCCGUAAACUUCCGGGGUUUAAAAGAAUCAACACCAGACUGCGCGACCAAAGAGCUCAGUCUUAUGAAAGACUGUGAAGGUGUUUUGUGCUGGGAUGGGAUCUCCAACUAAACGUGCAACCGCACACAGAGGCAACAUUCGUUCCCUCGGUCAGGAACCUGACUCUCCACUUCCUCCGAUGCACGAGCGCCUGGCAAACCUGCGUCCGUCCAGAGAGCUGCUGGAGUUCUACAGACAGAAGAUUUCCCAGUAUGAUAGUGAGCAGGAGGAGCUACUGCAGAUGCUGGAGAAGUAUAAAGGCAUCACAGAGGACCAGCAUAAGCUCCAAUGGGAUGUACGACAGCGGGAAGGAGAGAUUGCAGAGCUUCAAAAUGCUCUGAGUGACAUGCAGGUCUACCUUUUUCAAGAGAGAGAGCAGUCUCUGCGGCUUUACGCAGAAAAUGACCGACUGAAGAUCAGAGAGUUGGAGGAUAGGAAGAAGAUCCAACACCUUCUUGCUCUUGUGGGUCCUGAUGCAGGAGAGAUCACAUAUUUUCACCGGGAACCUCCUCACAAGGUCACAAUCACACAGAAACAAUCAGAAUCCAGACUGGAUGAAAAUCUCAGCCUCAGGUCAACAAAGCUGAGACCUGCUGCGACCAAGAAAGAGAGUAGCAGGAGAACAAAAUCAACAGAAGGUGUAAAUGGAGAGAGCUUGGAACAAUACAAGAAUGACAACAAGACGUUGUUGCUCCAGGUGGAGGCGCUGCAGGCUCAGAUGGAGGAACAGACUCGUCUGGCCAAAGAGCAGGUGGAGUCUCUGAUGGAGGAUCGCAGGAUUAAAACGGAGGAGGCGCAGGGACAACGGCAGAGAGACCAGGAACGCAUCACUGCUCUGACUGACAAGCUGGAGAGGACUCAGAACCUGUUGCAUGAGAGCACCAGAGAUUUCUUACAGCUAAAGUUUGACUCACGCGCUCAUGAGAAGAGCUGGAUGGUGGAGAAGGAUCGGCUGCUGAGGGAACUAGACUCCUGCCAGAACCGUCUGAGAAAAGCUGCCGGUGCUGAGUUUGGACGGAUGUGGCAGCCCAGCAGCAGCACAGCAAUCCCUCUGCCACGGCCAGAGUCAGAGCAGACACACAAGGAGGAGCUAAAGGCAACGCAGGAGGAGCUGAAGCAAGCCCACCGCCUGGCAGAGAUGUACAGGGAGCAGUGUAUCACUCUGGAGACAGAACUGUCCCAAAUCAGAGAGGAAGGGGAUGUUGGCAGGGAAAUAUUCAAGGAGCGUUCAGACAAAAUGGCCAAGCGUCUCCAGCUGAUGACUCAGCGCUACGAGGCCUUGGAGAAGAGGAGAGCCAUGGAGGUGGAGGGCUUCAAGACGGACCUGAAGCAUCUCAGACAGAAACUCAAAGACGUAGAAAAACAGCUCAUUAAGGUUACCUUGAAUAUUGGGCCCAACCAGGACCUAGCCGUCCUGCAGGAGGUACGUCAGACCAACGCCAGAACCAAAAAGGUUCAGGGUGAGCUAAUGGCUCUGAAGGCUAAAAUCUACGGACUGGAAAAUGAGCUGAGAUUCAGCUGAAGAACAAAUUUCAAUUUCUGAAUUCUAUAUUUCUAUGUUUAUCUUUGUUAUGGAUGCUUGUUCUACUGUGUUAAUCGUGAUACCUGCACUGAAUGCUGUUGAUACUUUGUUCUUUGGACCAAUAAAACUAUUCUUUUACCGUAAUUUCAAA